AAUUCAAUUUAAUUUAAGGAAGCAAAAAUGGUGUCAAGAAUGGCGGCAGAAGAAGAGGGGAAGAGGAAGCAAUUAGAAGGGGGGGAAGAAGAAGCGGCGCCGCACUGGGCGGCGGCGACGCAGAGUAAGAAAGGGAAGGGCCGCCAGAAGUUCAAGAAGAGCUUUUACUCUCAGCUCCAAGACGACGGCGCCUCCUCCGCCAUCCUCCUGCUCGCCUGCAUCGCUUGUGGCGGCCAACGCCGCCCCGUCCCCUCCUCCUCCGUCUAGGGGGGCCCAGCGGUCGGAUUUCUUCAAUUCUAUUUAUCAUGACAUAUCAAAUUCUCAAUUACGGAGUAGCACAAAUUUAAGGAGAUGUAAAAAAAAUUACUCCGCAGUAAUAAUAAAGUCAUUAGUUUAAUAGAAAGUAAAAAAAAAUCCCCAAAUCGGGAAGAAACAAUGGAUGAGUUUAAAAUCCGAUAUUUGAUGGAAUAAAAAAAAUUUGUAUCACCCAU